AGGAAAGGAGGAGGAGCGGGGAGGGUGGAAGAGCUGGAAUCGUUAGUAUUGUUUGAAGUUCAGCGUCGCGCGCGGGAAAAAAGAGAGCGAAGGCAGAAGAAGAAGAAGAAGAAGCAGCAGCAGCCGCCGCGGUCGCUCAACUGCCGAGCGGAAGAAACACGCCGCGGUCGAUCGGCGUGGCGCGAGUUCGAGUCCCUCCCUCCCUCCCGCAGCAGCAAGCAAGCAAGCAAGCCAGCCACCGCCGAGAUCUCGCUCUUGCGGACCACCGCCUCUCCCCUCCUGCACUUAGUUGCCGGCGAGGAUCUUCGGGGCAAACUGGGAUCCCUCCCCAGCCCGCCUCUCCUCCGAUGGAGAACUUCCAGAAAGUGGAGAAGAUCGGGGAAGGCACCUACGGCGUGGUCUAUAAAGCCAAGAACAAAGUCACCGGCGAGGUGGUCGCGCUGAAAAAAAUCCGCUUGGACACGGAGACAGAAGGAGUUCCCAGUACUGCCAUCAGAGAGAUUUCACUCUUAAAGGAAUUGAACCAUCCCAACAUAGUCAAAUUGUUGGAUGUGAUCCACACCGAGAACAAACUCUAUUUGGUCUUUGAGUUCUUACAUCAAGAUCUAAAGAAAUUCAUGGAUUCUUCUACUUCCAUCAGUGGUGUAGAGUUACCUCUUAUCAAGAGCUACCUGUUCCAGCUGCUGCAGGGUCUUGCCUUUUGCCAUUCCCAUCGUGUCCUCCACCGAGAUCUGAAGCCACAGAACCUCCUUAUCAAUGCAGAAGGAGCAAUAAAACUUGCUGACUUUGGGCUUGCGCGUGCAUUUGGCGUGCCAGUGAGAACCUACACGCAUGAGGUGGUGACUCUUUGGUAUCGAGCUCCAGAAAUUCUCCUUGGCUGCAAAUACUACUCAACAGCAGUGGACAUAUGGAGCCUUGGAUGCAUCUUUGCGGAGAUGUUAACCCGUAGAGCUCUCUUCCCUGGGGACUCAGAAAUCGACCAGCUAUUUCGCAUCUUCCGCACACUGGGCACCCCGGAUGAGACUGUGUGGCCAGGAGUCACCUCUAUGCCUGACUAUAAGUCCAGUUUUCCCAAGUGGGCCCGACAGGACUUUAGCAAAGUAGUACCACCGUUGGAUGAAGAAGGCAGAAAACUUCUAGCACUGAUGCUGCACUAUGAUCCCAACAAGAGAAUCUCGGCCAAGACUGCUCUCAAUCACCCCUUCUUUCGAGAUGUCACAAAAGCUUUGCCACACCUCCGCUUGUGAAAUGGAACUGGAGCCAACAGAGUAGCUGCAGUGCAGGCUCUGCAACAUGCCUUUUUCUCGGGCAGCCCUGGUUGCUUGCACUUAACUUUUCAACUUAACCCCGGAGAGAACACUGGUGAUCCAAUUGGGGCACAGCCUACACCUUUAGGAUUUUACUCACCUUUAAAGCACUAAGCUGAGCUUGAGGAUUCGCUUGGUUCCAAGCUCCCUUGUGAAGAGAGAAGGGUCUCCAAAGCUACCAGCUCCAAGGAUUCAACUUGCUUGAGAAAGCACCCCUUUCAUUCUUCACGUGUUUUAUCACCCCCUCUCCCAUGAGUUCCAUGCCUUCCUUUUUGGUGGCUUCUUCUAAAUAAGGCAUUGUGUAUUUGCUUACUCUCCAGCUCUUGACAUCUUGGUACAAGUACGGUGUUGAUGCUUCUCUUUCCUUCAGGUGUAGAAGGGACUUUGGCAACAUCUUUCACGGUGUUUUUCGUCUGUGAUGUUGGUCAGUUUAACCCACUUGGAUUAAAAUAAUUUUGAAGAGAGGGGAUUGCUCAAGCUGGUGGUACAGUAUGCCUUGCUAAUUAUUCAAAAGCUGGCUCCAUCACUUAAGCUCUUUUUGACAUCUGAUAUGCAGAGUACUUUUUUUUAAAGAAAAGAAAAAAACUCCAAAAAAAUUUGCUCAUUCGGUAGGGAGAUGGGCAAAUCUUUAUUCACCCAGUAUUGUGUUGUAUUAUAUACCUAUUGUCUUAUUCUGUGUCAGUGAGCUGAUGGUCUUUCUGAGUUUGCAGCCAAUUCAUGCCUUAUGUUUGGCAAUUAUGGAUUGUCAUUCCAAUACUGUCUUCCUAUCACAGUCCGGAAAGUUUCAAAUGUCAGUUCUGAUGGGUUGGCCUUACAUCCCUGGCUUUAAGUAAUGUAUCUUGCAAAUAGAUGCUUAAAUUAUACGUGAGCUUUGAAAUACAUACCUAAUUAUUCUAUCUCCUAUAAUAUCCAGCCAUACAUCUUGAGCCAAAUAGAAGUCUUAAGACUUCUAUAAGAGAAUUCAGAUUAGCAAACUUUUCUGGCUUGUUCUGGGGAGCCAGAAAUAUCAAUGUCUACAUCUUUGUGUCACCCUGUUUUGGAGGGAACUGGAUUGUUCAAGUUACAUCAGUUGAAUUGUCAUUUAAGUUCUGAGUUUUUUUAAAAAAAUAGUCUGAACAAUAGCUAAACUUAAAAAUCAUGGUUUCUGGUCAGUGCCAUGUGGAGGUGAAGUAUUGUCAUAAAAAUUUCAUAUUGAGAAUUUUUAAAGACCACUUACAUUUGCUAAAUAGAAGAAUACUUCCCUUUAGAAUUCAGGAUUUUAUUUCAAAAUAAGGCAAAGUGAAGUACCUAAAACAUGUCUCUAGCAUGCAGCAAUAACUUAAAUCUGAUUUUGAAAUAACUCCAAAUUUCACACUUACUCAAUCAGUUGUGUGAGGUGUCUUAAAUAUGAGGCUUCAGUAAAGCCAUCUGAUAUUUGUUUUCCUGAAAUGCUUAUUUUUUAUCAAAAGCAUAUAUGCUUGGGUAAUGCUCAUUUAUUGUAGAAAUGAAACAUGUAUUUUAAGAUGGAGAGGAUUGCACUUUCCUCAAAAAGGGGGGGGGAGUUCUCAUUCAUCCUAGGUCAUAAUUCUUACUAUCUUCACUCAUAGAUGAAAAAUCCAUUGUUUCAGAUAUGGAUGGAAACUUCACUAAGAAAGUUGGUUAUUUCAGGACCUCUUGAAUUAAAAUGGACAUUCUUACAUGACGCUGCUUAGUGUAAUAAUACAGAAAUAUCAAGAUGUUAUUCAUGUCACUAUUCAAAGCAAUAUUUGGAACCAUGGUGUCCUUUCCUUUCAUUGUUGGACUGGAAAUAUAUAUAUAUAUUUAUACGGCUGUUAGUUUUAAAAAAGAUUUCUGAAUUUGUUAGUCUAAGCACCUUGACAUUUUUGUAAUAUAAUCUUUUAAAGAAAAUUAUUUUGUUUUCUUAGCUCUUUGUAAGACAAAUGUUACUAAAUACAGUACUGUGAAAUCAGUUUCUAAAUCAUUAAAUACUAGCAAUUUUAA